AUGGACCAGCUAUUCGACGCAAGUCGGGCUGCGUAUAGUCGUGGUGAUGGUGCAGAGGCGAAGGAGUUGUCGAAUAGGGCGAAGGGGCUGAAGAGUGAGAAGGAGAGGUUGGAUAGGGAGGCUGCUGAGUGGAUAUUUGAACAGAAUAACAAAGGUAGGGAACCUGGAGAAGUCGACCUUCAUGGUCUGCGAGCAGAAGAAGCUGUUGAGCGUACAGAAGAAUUCAUAAUCGAUUGUCGCAAGCAAGGAUUGAGUGAAUUGCGUCUUAUAGUUGGAAAGGGCCUACACUCGCAAAACCAUGAAGCUGUCUUAAAGCCUCGUAUUGAAGAACUCAUGAAGAAACAUAACAUCGUCGCAGAGUUGGAUCCGGAAAAUUCUGGUGUGCUCCUUGUCCAUCUUGAUGGUGGUGAGAAGACUAGAGACCGGGGUAUUGAUCCGGAGGAGAUUACUAGACGGCUGGGUGAUGACGAGAAGAGUUGCAUUAUUAUGUAG